AAGCUGAAUCACGUCAACGUUUUUAUGUAAAACAACACGUGCCUCUAUAUAAUUCUAAUCGCAGAGCAAAAAAACACAUAGACUGUAUUCAAUCAACGUAUAAGUUUUGGUCAUUAUAGAAAACUGCAAACGCAUACCAUUGCUUAAGAUACGCUUUCUUUCAAUUUCGACGGAAAACAUUAAUCUUACCAUCUAUAACUUACGAGCGCUUUGAGAUGAUUCUUUCCCGAGCCAAACCGGCACUUCAAAAAACAGAGGCAACGGAGAGCCGCGAAGGGAGUGGCAAAUCACUUCCCAAACGGGACGACCUGCUCUUGAAACGAGACUUCACCGGCGCUCUUACCCUCGUUGAGUUCCAGCAAAAUCCUGACAAAAUCGACCCUGAAACUUUGGAGUGGAUCGGCUACAUUUCAUUCCAUCUUGGAGAUUACGUCAAAGCUUACAAAAUAUAUAAGGACCUAAUGAAACAGAACCCUAACAGUGUAUAUGCAGUUUACUUCGGCUGCGUCUGUUUCUUCCUAGGCCAUUACGAGGAGAGUCGGAAGGCGUUUGAGAAUGUCAAACUCACAGACGAGCAACACAAACGACUCAAAAAUCGCCUUCUGUUCCAUUUGGCGCACAAAGAAGGCGACGAACAGAAAUUGAUGUCGUACCAUUCGCAACUUCAGGACGUACAGGAAGAUCAAUUAUCACUAGCUGCUAUUCACUAUUUGAGAUCCCAUUACCAAGAAGCUAUUGACAUUUACAAACGGAUUCUACUGGACAAUCGUGAAUUCACAGCGUUGAAUGUCUACAUAGCUCUGUGUUACUACAAACUAGACUACUAUGAUGUCAGUCAAGAAGUGUUGACAGUUUAUUUGUCAAACUACCCGAACAGCGCGACUGCUGUCAACCUGAGAGCAUGUAACUUCUACCGACUUUACAACGGAAAAGCAGCUGAGGCCGAGUUGACCAAGUUCGAAUCCGAAGCAUCUCGGAGUUUCACUUACGCCAAGGAAAUCAUGAAGCACAACAUGGUUGUGUUUCAAAACGGAGACGGUGCUUUGCAAGUUUUACCUCCGCUUGUUGACGUCAUUGUCGAGGCCAGACUUAACCUCGUUAUCUUUCAUUUGAAACAGGAAAACAUAAACGAGGCUUACAACCUGAUCAAAGAAUUGGAACCCACGACUCCCCAUGAGUAUAUUCUGAAAGGAGUGGUCAAUGCAGCUAUGGGUCAAGAGCAGGGUUCUAAGGAACACCUCAAAAUAGCCCAGCAGUAUUUCCAACUGGUUGGAGGCAGCGCAAGUGAAUGCGAUACUAUUCCUGGACGCCAAUGCAUGGCGUCGUGUUUCUUCUUGCUUCGUCAGUUUGAAGACGUUCUAAUUUAUCUGAACUCAGUCAAGAGCUACUUCUACAGCGAAGACACGUUUAACUUCAACUACGCUCAAGCGAAAGCAGCCGUUGGAAACUACAAAGAAGCCGAAGAGUUGUUGCUCCUGAUUCAAAAUGACAAAAUAAAAAACGAUUACGUCUUUUUGAGCUGGCUCGCACGCUGUUUUAUAAUGAACCAGAAACCACGUCACGCUUGGGAGCUGUAUCUCAAAAUGGAAACAUCCAAUGACUCAUUCAGUUUAUUGCAACUGAUUGCCAACGAUUGCUACAAAAUGGGUCAGUUUUACUACUCUGCGAAAGCCUUCGACGUGCUUGAGAGACUCGACCCAAACCCCGAGUACUGGGAAGGUAAACGUGGAGCGUGUGUGGGAGUGUUCCAGAAAAUAGUUGCCGGUCAGGAACCGCAAGACACUUUGAGAGAAGUUCUGACGCUGCUGCGCAAUACAGCCAACCCGCAGGUCGAAUACAUAUGCCGCGUGAUUAAGAAGUGGGCAAAAGAGAACCGAAUUCCUACAAACUGAGAAGUUAAGCAAUUGCAAGCAUCCCAAUAAUAAUAAUAAAAAAAAAUGUCUCUUUCUAACAUUACAGAUGAAUUGGAAUUAAGUUUGAAAAAUUGAUCGAAAAAAGGGAGAAAGCAAAAAGUAAAUUCCAGUGACAUUGGAUAAAAUUGUGAUGCAACCCAUUGCGUUUACCAUUUGUUUCAAAUUCCAUUAAUCCUCGCUCAAUUUAGAGUUUUCUCAAUUUGUUCAUUUUUCUAGUCGAUGUAUUA